AUGGCCGGACUCCUCCAGCACGCAAACAUCAAGCAGGAACCCCUCGAAGCCACCCUUGCCGCCACCCACAAAGUCGUCGCGGACUUCGCUCGUCGAGCAGUUCGCGAGAUGGCGCCUUCUCCUGAGCCUAGAGGAGCCAACAAGCGGGCCAGCGACGACGAGGAGCACGCUCCGGGAGGGAAGAAAGCCAAGUCAAACCAAGGCAAGCCUGUGCACGUCGUCAAGCAGGAGGAGGAGGAGGAAAAAGUGGACAGUGAGGUUGGCCGCACGGGACAAAGCCUUGAGCAGCAACUUGAGCAGGUCAUGAAGGACGUUAAGAAGGCCAACACAGCCCUUGGACACUGGAAGAGCGUUGUCGAGAAGACCGCAACCAAAGUCAAUGAGGAGAGGUUGCACAAGUUUGCCCUCGAAUGCCUCCUCAGGGUCGUCGAUGGCGAACUCAACAAGAGCGAGAGUGACGUUAGCAAAAUGCAGAAGGGGGUGGAAGUCCUCCACGAGCAGAGGAAGCGUCACCUCCACGAGGUCAAUGUCAUCCAGGACAUCCUCGCUCGUCACCAUGCAGUGAAUGGAGCCAAGAUGAACCCUCUCAAGCCUUACCCAGGCCAGAGAACGCUUCCUCCAGGCCGAGCCGCAGCCAACCUCGAGACUGAGGUCAAGAAUAAGGCCAUCCUUGUCGAGGCUGCCAAGCACAUCCAUCGAGGCCUUGUCAAGGCGGAGCACAACUACAGCAUUGCCAGGAAGCACCUCAUUGAGGUGUCCUUCUCCAGGCAGCAAAAGGUCCUCGAGGCUGUCGCCAUUCGAUGCCUUGCAAGCCGUGCAGCCCCUCAACCCAUCCCUUCCCACCUCUGA